AUUUUCCAUCAUGAUGAUCAUCAACAUGAUCCAGUCCCAGCUCCGGAAACGCGUUUAAAAAAGAACCCCUCAAAAAAAAGAAAAGAUCUGCACACCCAAAGAUAAUUUAUUUGUAAUUAUGAGAUGAAAAACCUAUAUCUUUUAACUAUGAUUUAUACCAGACUUAGGCGAUUCAAAUUGAAGAAUUGAUUCUUUUUUUAAGAAAAAAAAACAAACAUGACAUCAGAAAGAAACUUUAUAAACUAGAAGUUCAGAACGUUUCGUUUAAUUUUUUAAUUUUAACGCUGGCCUUCGUCUUUAGGACUUUUACUCUGCUUGGGACAAAUCUAAUGUUUCGUACUACAGGCUGCCCAAGUUAUGUUACUUUAUUUAGUAAGUUUUAUCAGUAUAUAUUGAGUGACUUAUUUCAUCACGAACUCUACUACUAUUUGUUAACUACGAUUUCAUCAUUGUAUUUGUAUUAAUCAACUCAUUCUCAUACUCAUACAUUUAAGUUUAAGUCAAUUUUGUUUGUUUGUUAUUGAGAACCUAUCAUAAUCUAGUUAACGUUUCUUCCUAGUUACACAGGUUAAGUUAAGUCAAGUGUAAGCUCUACCUACUCUUUAAGCGAAUAGAAUUUGAACAUAUAAUAAUAUAACUUUAUUUAAAUUAUGAAAUUUUGGCCCUUUAACUUUAAAGUUUAAUUAACUUUUGCACAGUAGCUCAGUAGGCUUAGGCCUUUGGCCUUGGCACAGCAGGCCUGUUUAAUCAUUUAAUUUAUAAUAAAUCAGAUUUAAAAUUAGUUUUAUAAAAGCGUAUAACAUUUUAUCAGGAUAAGUGUGAUGAAUUAAAACUAUAUUGAAUUAUAAAACUGCCAAUAAAAAUGAUUAUACUAUUAUGUCUUAAGCGUUUGCCACGCCCACACGUAAGGCCGGCCAAGGGAGUGUAGACGAUGGGACACGUAAACUUUAUACUUUAUUUAAAACGGGGUUAGUUGGCCGAAAUAUAACCAUCUUUGAAGUUUUGAGAAUUAAAAAGUUCAUUCAGUCAUUCUUUUAAUUUUAAUAUUCACUUAAUUUUUUAAAGUUUUAAUUUAAGUAAAGUUUACUGACUGGCAAUUAUUAUUCUUGAUCAAAAUUAAAUAAAUAAAAUAAAUUAUAUAUUUAAAUUAAAUUAAUGAAUUAAUUUCUAAGUUUAAGAAGUAACUUUUAGCUCGAGUUUCAGUAUGAAUUAAUGCCAUAGUAAAUAUUAAUUAAUGAUAAGAAUAGGCUAAUGAAUAUGAUAUUAUACUUAUACUAAUGAUAAUGUUUACUAAGUAAAAGUACGACGUCAAAGGAUUAUUAAUUCGCAGUUACAUAUUUUUUAUAGUCCCAUGCCAUAUAAUAAAAUAUUAAUAUAUAAAUAUAGGCCUAUUAAAUUAUCAAUUCAUUUUCAUGAUUCAUAUAAAUAUAGGGCUACACCACUCAUUACUCCUCAUUAGUGUCAUAUACUUAAUUAAAAUCAAUAUCAUAUUUAUAGUUUCAAUGAGAUUCACCUGAUAACUUAAUUUUUCUCAUUUCAUUGUGUGUGUUGUGGGAGGGUAUAUUGACUAAAAUCAAUCUAAAAAUAUAAUGACAAUGAACAGUAGGCCUACAGAUAAGAUUUUUUUUUUAAAGUGCGGGGGAGGGGGGGGGGAACACAACUGUGCAUUGACUUUCAGUCUAUGACCAUAUUCAUAUUUUUUUUUGCUUGAAAUUGAAAGCACCCAAUCAAAAUAAUUUAAUCAGUCUUAUCAAAAAUAAUUUAAUCAGCCUUGUCACUUUUGGCUUUGCAGAGGAUUAUUGAGGACACUCACUGAUGAAAAAUGGACUGGUUGGCUUCUUCAUUUAUGACCACACAUUUUAUUGCAGGAGCUGCAUUGCUUUUUUUGUUGGUUUUCAUUUUCCAAGUUAACAAGCUUUACAGAUCUUUCUUAGUUAAGGAAAAAUUUGAUGAUCUUUACAUGCUCAUAACAGGCUGUGAUACAGGUAGGUUGUUCAUUGUUGUUAAAUCAAAUUAAAUCUUCAAGCAAUCAUGCUUCCAAUUUUUGAAACUUGAAUUCCAAAUGAUCAAUUUAACCAAGUUAAAUUACACUUAAUAAAGAAUAGAUUCAAAGCAGAUUACAAUUAGGCCUUCUUUAUGAAAUUGAAUUUUUUUUAAGUUACAAUAUUAGUCCUUUGAAAGAAAUUCUGUAAACAAUACAUUUGCACAAAUUUUAUUGAGAAACUUAUUAAUGUAUAACAUACUUUUGAUUUCUUAGUUAGUUACAGCCAAUGCCAAUGAUUCUUAACAUUAGCUCUAACUCUCAAUCUGUUUCUCUCUCUCACUCUCUCUCUCUCUCAUGUUACAAUUUUUACACCUCAAAUGCACUUUCUGAUGUAAAUUAUUUGUCAACCAAUUGUUGUUUUUAAAUGUAGGCCUAUUCGUUUGUGUAAUUGCUAAUUUUUAUGUGAAGUGCAGUGAGCCUAGAUUAGGUCGGGGUACUGCGCUAUAUAAAAGCACCAAAUAAUAAUAAUAUUAAUACAAUUUAAGUAAAGUAAAAAAAAAAUACCAUAUUUUCAUGAUUACCUUUUUAUCUUAAAGUUAAGUCCCUAAAUUGACUUCUAAAUCUACAGGAUUUGGCCACAGAUGUGCUAUAAAACUGGACAAGCUUGGGUGUCAUGUAUUUGCUGCAUGUCUUUCUCAAGAAAAAGUACAAGAAUUGUCAUCACUCUGCUCCAAAAGGCUGGUGGCUUUUCAAAUGAAUGUUACUGAUGCAGCAGCAGUGGAAAAAGCCCUAAGGCUCAUCAAAGUUCAUCUAGGGGAACAAAAAAGUGAUGUUUAUUAUUAUUUUUAAAUUAAUACAUUAGAUGAACAUGUUGAAUCCAUAAGUAAUUACAUGAGAAAAUAUGCACAGAACCUUUAAUUAAAAUAAAACACCACAGCAUUCACUAAAUGAUAUAACACAGGGGUCUCAAACUCGUGGCCCACAGGCCAUUUGCGGCCCACAAGACGAUAUUUUGUGGCCUGCUACAUGACAGCAAAUUUUAAUGUUAAUGCGGACCACGCGUUUUCCCCAUUCUCAUACCUAUAAUGUGAUGGGGUAGUUGCUCCUGUACUAAGUGACCCCAAACGGCUCAUGGGCUUGGCUUUUCUUGUUGAAAUUGCACAGGAGCUGAAUUUACUCAACAAGAAGUUACAAGACGAGGGGCAGCUUGUAUGUGUUGCCUUAGACAACGUCAUUGGAUUCUGCACAAAACUUGUGUUAUGGUUCUCAGAGAAACCUCUGCUUUUCACCAAAAUGCAAAGUACUGAAGUCAUUGCAAAGCUACAGGAAGAAUUUGAUCACAUUUUUUAGACUUCAAAACACACAAAGCCACUUUUCAGCUCUUUGCUGACCCUUUCUCCUUUAAUGUGGAAGAUGCCCGCGCCCCCCCCCCCCCCCCCCCCCCCCCCCCCUUUUGGGCUUCAAAUGGAGCUGAUUGAUCUUCAGUGCAAUUCUAAGUUCAGGGAGGGGAAUGGAAAAACACUGAUAUUUCCAGGUUGUUCAAGCGGAUCAUAUGACUUUUUGGGAGUACCUUCUGUGUGAAAAGCUCUUUUCCACUAUGAAAAUUAACAAGUCAAAAUUCAGGGCCAAACUUAUUGAUGAGCAUCUUCAAGCUAUACUGAGGGUCUCAGUUUCUUCCUCACUCAAGCCAAAGCUGCUCAGCUGUGUAAGAUUCUAAGAAGAAGCGCUGCCAGGUCUCUGGAAACAAAAGUAGGAGGAAGAAAGUGAAGCCUAGUUCUUGAGAACCCUUAAUGUUUUUAUUUAUUAUUUAUAAAGGUUGAGCAGAUUGUAACAGUUGCACUUUAAUAAAUUUGUAAUCGCUUUUUUAUGGAAUACUAGAUGCGGCCCAGUCUCAAUCAGACUCUAACCCCUGGGGACCCCAGAUGAUUUGAGUUUGAGACCUCUGAUAUAACAUCACAUCAUUAUAUAGACUACUGGCCUGACAUCAUUGUUUUUAUUAAUGUAACUACAACAUCACAGCAUCCAUUUAUCUACAACACCAUGGAUUUCAUUAAGCUAUAACACCACAGCAUUCAUUAAACUAAAACCACACUGCAUCUUUUAACUUCACCAUAAUUACUUGCAUUUUUCAUAUUCAUAUUUGCAGACCUAUGGGCCCUAAUAAAUAAUGCAGGCAUCGUUGGAUCAUUUGGUGCUGUUGAGUGGAUGAAGAAGUCUAAUUAUCAGGUAUCUUACCAUCAUGCAGUUUUGUUCCUCUCAUUUUGGCAGAUCAAUGCAAAAGUUCUUUUAGAGUACCCACCUAUACCUAGAUCUUUGAUCUCUUGGAAAUGCAAGCCUCUGUGUUUCCUGACCAUUGGACACUUUGGAAAUGUUAAGCGAUUGCUUUACUCUUGUCAUAAUCCCCUGGGAAAACAUUCAUUAGUAUAACCCAUGGGUUUUCAACCGUUUUUAACUGGUUAACUACCAUGAGCCGGUGGGAGCGGCUGGGCGUUUUUUUUUUUUCAUUAUGGCCACAAGCCGCUGGCAGCAUCAAUGUUUGCAUCGUGGUAAAUAUGACCUAAAUUUCAUUCAGCCACAGCAGGUUUUUCAAUCUGGAAGCUAAUCAUUUAAAACACAAAAGUUAAUUGCCUGAAUUCUGUUUAAAUAAUUAUUGGCUGUUUGGAUGGAUAGCUUUUUAUUUAAAGCAAUUUAUUUUGACAUUAGAUUUCAUAUUUUUUAUUUUCCUUCAGUGUGUCUUACUUUACAUCAUAAUCCUGCAUCAUACCUUUGAACCCUUAGCCAAAGCCCAUUAGCGUUCAGCAAUUUUUUUGGUUAUAGAAACAAAUUCAUAGCUACAUAGCUUUUACUUUUAAUGUUAUUAACUGUUUUUUAAAAAAUAGUGACCCUUCAUCAAAUGCUAGUCUUGUUGCUUGCGUAUAUCUCAGGCCACCAUCAAUGUCAACCUCCUGGGUACUGCUCUAGUCACCAACACUUUCCUCCCUUUGAUCAGAAAGUCCAGGGGCCGUAUUGUUAACAUGGCGAGCACCGUCGGCAGAUAUGCCACCAUACCGGCCCCUUAUUCAGUCUCUAAAUUUUGUGUGGAGGCAUACACAGACUUACUGCGCAGAGAAGUGGCCCCAACGGGCGUCACAGUGCACACCAUUGAGCCUGGGGGGUACAUGACUAAUAUUACAAGUAAGUCUUGUGGAGAGGCGGUCAUAUUCAAAAAUACAAUAAGCAACUUACUUAUUCAUGAUGUCAAUAAAUGACUUGAUUUGUUCAUCAUCAUUAAUGGCUUUGCAAAUUCAAUGCACAUCCUUAAUAUCUUGUUGUGUUCAUGAUGUCAUUCAAUAUCUUGUUGUGUUCAUGAUGUCAUUCAAUAUUAAAAUCCAAACGAACUAAUUUUUAAAGCAUUCAUAAAGCAACACAUGAUUUUCACUAAAAAAAAAUUCAACAGAUGCUGAAAUCCAUUCAAGGUCAAUGGAUGAAAUGUACAGUCAACUUAGGCCCGAACUUCGACAGUUUUACGGUGAAAAAUUCAAGACAAAAUGUAAGCUACAUAUUUGUUCUAUAAAGACUGGUAAUCUUUUGGGAAAUUGCAAGCAAACUUGGCAGUAAAUUAUUUUGUGAUAAUGCAAAUGAUGUCUUACUAAGCUUUUGCUACUGUAAGAGCCCCAGGUAGCUCAAACCCGUAGAAUGCCAACACUGAUAUGCAGAAGUGAAGAGAGCGUUUUGUUUUUUAAAAAAGGGUUUUAUGUAUUUUCCCUCUAAAUUAUUAACUUUUCAAAAAAGGUUUUAGAAUGGACUCCCACGUAAAAUUCAUUAUUAUUGGAUAACAAAGAGGCGAAUUAAUAUUUUGUCUAAUGAGGUUUAAUUAGUGGACAGCCAUCAAAAUUUCUGCCUAGACUGUUUACUUCCCCUAGUAUCCUGUUCUCCCCAACAGAAGGACACAUUAAAAAAAAAAAACACGCAAAAACCCUCACUUUCUUAAUCUUCUCAGUACUCAAUUUAGUGAGGCUCUUCUGCUGUGCCCUGGCUGCCCGAGACCUGGACGAAGUAGUGGACACCUACAUCCAUGCUGCCACCGCCAGGUUUCCCAAGACGCGUUAUGUUGUGGGACUCAAUGGAAACUUUGUAUUCAGGCCGCUCUGGACCUUGCCGACAUGGAUCAGUGACCUGCUUGUUAUUUUAUUUUACCCCAAACCAACAGGCUGCAGAAUGAUAGGGUAAAACAUUAUAACAACAUGGAUCUGACUUGGCAUUAAUGUACUGACUUGACAUUAAUGGAUUGACUUAACCCUAAUGAGCUGAUUUGGCAUUUAUGAACUGACUUGAGAUUAAUGUAUUGACUUGACCUUAAUGAACUGACUUGGCAUUUAUGAACUGACUUGACAUUAAUGAACUGACUAGGCAUUUAUGAACUGACUUGACAUUAAUGAACUGACUAGGCAUUUAUGAACUGACUUGACAUUAGUGAACUGACUUGACAUAAAUGUACUGACUUAACCUUAAUGAACUGACUUGACAUUAACGUACUGACUUAACCGUAAUGAAUUGACUUUACAUUAAUGUACUGACUUAACCUUAAUGAAACAGCAGUGCAUUAAUGAGCCGACUUGACAUUAAUGAACUGACUUUACGUUUACUGGAUCACGAAAUAUAUUCUUUAUAACCGGAUGCUGAAGUUAAAGAAGUCUGAUGUUAACUUACAACUAAGGCUAGCUCAUGACCCCAUCCUGGCCAGUGAUAGCCUAGUUCGGAACUGCCUGCUAGGGAACACGAGCACAAACUCCUGUGAGGCGUAUGGAUGAGAUUGUGAGGCAUGAUGGCGUGAUUUUGAGAAAUCUGGAUGUGGUUGUCAGGUGCAUUACUGCUAGCAUUUGGAUUAUGUGAGUUGUCUGUGGGUUUGUGUGAAGCGUUUGUGGGAUGUACGGAAAUGUGGUUGCGGUUGAGAGAAAUGUUGGUGGAAUUACAAGAAAUUUUGUUUGCAUUGUGAUUGUGGGAAAUGUGAAUGUGAUUGUGAGGAUGGUAAGAAAUUUGAGUGCAAAGGAGAUAAAUCUUUGAUUGUGUGAAAUUAUGUGGAUGUGAUUGUGUAAAAUGUGAUUGAAAGGAGGGUCAUUUUUUUGUGGUGAAAAGUUGAUACAUCCAUUGACUAAUUUAAUAAAAAUAUUUAUUAACUUUAAUGUUACACUUUUGUUGUCUUUGGUCUUUGUGUACCAUUUAAAAAUCUUUACUCUGAUUGAGC